AAUCCAUCCACUACACACCUCUUCCCACUCAAGAACAUUCACCCACUCCAAAAGCUUUAAUCCCUCCCCCAACCCACCAAAACCCCACCCUCCCCAAAAAAAAAAAAAAAUACUAGAGCGACAUGCAAACCCUAGCUUUGCAAUAAAUCUUGAUAUGUAAGGCAGCGUAGUGUAGUGUGUGUAUUCAUUUUCUUAUUCGUUUUUUUUUUAAAUGGAUACACUCUUUAGACUAGUCAAUCUCCAACAACAAGAAUCCGAUAGCAUCAUUACAAAUCACUCGUCGCUGAGCAGAACCUCCACCACAACUAGUGGCUCUCCGCAUCAUUUCCUCCAACAUCACGACGAAGAAUGCUUCAACUUUUUCAUGGAUGAAGAAGACCUCUCCUCUUCUUCCUCCCGCCAACACCUCCAACACUUCUACUCCUCUCCCUACCCUCCACCUCACUACCCAUCUGCCACGUCAGCACCCUCCCUCCCCUCGCCCUACUCCUCCUCCUCCUCCCCCCACCACCACGUCCACGACCCUUCCGCUUUCUCCAUCCCUCCAACCCUAACCUCCUUCGACUUCUCCUCCAAUGGCAAGUGGGCCGACUCUGUCUUGCUCGACGCCGCUCGUGCCUUGUCCGAAGGCGACACCGUUCGGUUGCCUCAGGUUCUCUGGAUGCUCAACGAGCUUGGUUCCCCUUACGGCGACACCGAGCAGAAGCUCGCGUCUUACUUCCUCCAAGCUUUGUUCAACCGCAUGACCGGCUCCGGAGAACGUUCCUACCGAACCAUGGCUGCAGCCGCAGCGUCUGAGAGGACUUGCUCGUUCGAGUCAACGCGCAGGACCGUCCUCAAGUUCCAAGAAGUCAGCCCAUGGGUUACGUUCGGCCACGUGGCGGCCAACGGAGCGAUCUUGGAGGCCGUAGACAGCGAACCGAAGAUCCAUAUCGUCGACGUAAGCUCCACGUACUGCACCCAGUGGCCGACCCUCCUCGAAGCCCUGGCCACUCGCUCCGACGACACGCCUCACCUGAGGCUCACGACUGUAGUCACCUCUAAUAAGCUUGUUAACGAUCAAACAGCGUCGCAUCGGAUGAUGAGGGAGAUCGGCAACCGAAUGGAGAAAUUCGCGAGGCUCAUGGGCGUACCUUUCAAGUUCCACAUCAUCCACCAUGUCGGGGACUUAUCCGACCUCGAUCUCUCGGAGCUCGACGUCCAAAACGACGAGGUUUUGGCCAUAAACUGCGUUGGAGCCAUGCACGGAAUCACCGCCGUCGGAAACCCUAGAGACGCCGUCAUCUCGAGCUUCCGGAGGCUGCAACCGCGAAUCAUCACGGUCUUGGAAGAAGAAGCCGACCUCUCCGACACUGGAAACGACGGCGUUUCUUUCAUGAGAAGUUUCCAGGAAUGUCUACGUUGGUUUAGGGUUUACUUCGAGUCUCUUGAAGAUAGCUUUCCAAGAACGAGCAACGAGAGGCUGAUGCUGGAGAGAGCUGCGGGGAGGGCGAUCGUGGACCUGGUGGCAUGCCAGCCGUCGGAUUCGAUCGAGCGGAGGGAGACGGCGUCGAUGUGGUCUCGGAGGCUGAGGAACGGAGGAUUUGCUCCGGUGGGAUAUAGCGAUGAAGUGGUGGACGAUGUCAGGGCUUUGCUGAGGAGGUACAGAGAAGGCGUUUGGUCGAUGGCACAGUGCUCUGACGCCGGAAUAUUCCUUGCCUGGAAGGAUCAGCCAGUGGUUUGGGCCAGCGCGUGGCGGCCCACGUGAUCUCCGGCGGCGGAGGAGCGGUGGCUAGGGUUUUCCCGCAUGCACGUGCGAUUCUUGGGAUUGUUUUCAUAAUACGUGUGACAAUAUUAUGGGUAUAUUGAUAUUAAAUUAUGGUUGAGAAUUGAGAUGGUGAGAUCGCGUUCAUAUUGGAUUUGGAUUUCGGGUCUAAUUACGAUCAUGAGAAAGCGAUUGCUAGAGUCAAAAUUCCUAGGUUUUUGUUUGAUCUUCUUUCUAAAAUUCAAUUCUCCUUCUGAAUUUGUGAUUAGUUUGGUUACCCUAAAAGACUGGGAUUUUCAUUCAAUGAUUA